UCUGCUUUCCACUUGCUUAUAGAACAUCCAGUUGAAGUUGGGGGAUCCACCGUUUCAUUUUCGAGCCAGGAAAAGUGGCGUGGGAUCCCUACUAGGCUGAAUAACAUUCCUCAUUCCAAGGAAAUACGGGAGUACUUUUAUUAUGAUGUGCUACAAUCUACACAGAAGGCUGUCGAAGGUAAAAGAACCCGAUUAAAGGUGGAGAUUAACAUUCCUGAGCUUAACCCUGAAAUGGAUGUCUAUCGGAUUGGCACCCUAAUGGAACUUGUACGAACUCUUGCCCUUUCAUUCGCUGAUGAUGGAAAGCGUGUAAAGGUCUGUGUUCAAGGAUCUAUGGGAGAAGGUGCGCUUGCUGGGAUGCCCCUGCAGCUUGCUGGAAGCAGAAGAAUUCUUGAAUAUAUGGACUGGGGCGAGUAUGGUGCUAAAGACACGUUUAUUAAAAUUGGUUCCAUAGGCGCCAAAGAGGUGGAUGAGCAAGAUGAUAUAUUCAUACUUGUCGCUCCACAAAAUGCUGUUGGUAACUGUAUUAUUAACGAUUUACAGGCAAUGACAGAUGCAGCAGGUCAGCGCCCAGUGAUUCUUAUAAAUCCCCGCCUUAAGGAUUUACCCGGUUCCAGUGGCGUAAUGCAGAUAAUGGGAAGGGAUAAGAGACUGGAGUAUGCUUCAUCAUUUAGCAAUUGCUACUUCUUUCGGCUUCUGUACUAUGCAGGCACCCAGUAUCCAAUUAUGGGGGCAAUAAGGAUGACUUAUUCACAAGAUUACGAACUGUUUAGGAGGAUUGAUGAGCCUUCUGGAAAGGAAAAAUAUGUUAGUAUAGCCAGAUUUCCUCAAAGGCCAACAAUUGACGAAAUUAAUGAUGCAUUUGAAGGAAAAAUAAGCAGAAGCAGAGAAAAAGGGGCAUCAGGACUAUGGUCAUUCUUGAGUGGAAUAAUGUCAGGAUGAAGGGGAUUAUCUUACAAUUAUGAAUGAAAUCUCUGUGAUGUGAAGAUGUCACAGGUUAAAGAAAUUACAGCGCCAAAAUCUAUAUGCUGACAUGAAUCUCGUCCAGCUACGACUAUAAUGACAAUUACCGGAGUUGAAGAAUGCUGUGCAGAACGAUAUUUGGUGGUAUUUUGCUAUUUAUUUACUCUUUGUAUUUAUAAUACUGUCACUUAGCUGCUAUAUCUUUAAGUUAAUGUAAUAUAAAGAUUUUAUUUUGUUGAUUUUGCAUGUGUUGUUUCGUGAAAAAUGACGGUGUCUACCUGUGCCUUCAAAUGGAUUCAUUUUUUAAAAAUAGUAUCUUUGUUAUAGAUACUGCUGUAAUAGAAGAAUUUUAACAGAAUCCUUCAAUGGAAUGAUGAAAUAUUCUUAUUUGAAGAAUUUACUUCAAAAUGGAUUAUCAA